UGAACCGCAUAAAAGGGGAUCUGAAGCAGAUCAGCUAGAUCAGCACUCAGUAUGGCUGUGUCAGUGAAGAUGGGCUGCACAGACAAAGACAUGGAGGUGUGUACAGAGGAGUCCGUGGUCAUCCUGCUGAAGCAAUGUCGGGACAUGAGGCGGCAGGAGACGCUGUUCAGAGUGGCGACUCUGCUGUUGCUCUGCUUCUGCACCACGCUCACCCUCCUUAGCAGCUUUGGCUUUGGACGCUUCACGCAGCAGGAGAAGAUGAAUUCCUCCAUGCAGGAGAAGAUGAAUUCCUCCAUGCAGGAGAAGAUGAAUUCCUCCAUGCAGGAGAGGAUGAAUUCCUCCAUGCAGGAGAGGAUUCCAGAUUCUGGGGAAAGCUGCAGCAGUUCAACCAACGGGAAAAUGCACAUUCAUCUGAUUCACCAGUUAAACACCCCCAGGCUUCCACCGUACAUCCCGUAUGAACCCGCCUUCAAUUCCUGCCUCACCUUUGAGAACAGCUCCGUCAUGAUUCCCUUGACAGGAGUUUACUUCGUCUACGCGAGAUUCACCCUGCAGUGUCAGGACAGCUCCUUGGACUUCAGCAUGACUGUGGAGCGCUGGAGUGAAUCCUACCAAGAAACGACUAAACUGAUGACUGCGACGAGCAGGCUCAGCUGUAUGACCGACGACUUUCAGACUGUGUAUGUGGGGGAGCUGUUAGACCUGGGCGAAGGAGACCAACUGAAGGUCAAUGUCUCAGAAGGAUAUGAUCUGAUCAAUGAGUCUAAUUUUGGAGCUUUUUCCCAAUAAUCCCUUUUCUUUAAUAAUAUUAGCAACAUGACGUGUGUGUUCGGUCUGCAGCAGGUCCAUCAUCAGGUCUCAACCACAAAAGUUAUCCUCGUCUUUUUGGACAACAUCCAUCCAGCAGCAUUUCCUCCUCUAAAGUGAAAGAAAAGCCGUCUGAUAUAAUGAGGUUUGGCCUCAAUUAGACCAAAGACAACAUGUUAUCACAGGAAAAUCUAAAUCCCUUCUGAGAGAAACUCAUCAAUGCUACAGGCGGAUUCACUCUGUUUUCCCUGUUGCUGCACAUGU